GUCAAAAUGUUAAAAAUGUAAUUGAAGGUGAAUUAGUGAAACGAAAAUGAGUAAUAACUACAAUUAUUGUCUACUGAAUAUUCAUUAUUAUGAUGAUAUCUAUUUUUUGUGACUCAGUCCACUGACUACUUCUAGACUUCUAGUACUUAGUAUUUUGUAACUUAUUUUAAUUAAACAAACAUUAAUUCCGACCAGAUUAUAAUAACGAGUUUUGUUAUUUAAUACCAUCAGGGAUUUAAGUUUAUAACUUUUUGAUAAAUAAAAAAUCAUCUCAAAUACCUAACUAUGUUUUUGGACAAUAAAAAUAUAAUAUUGUUGUCAACUGGAUCUUUUAACCCACCAACAAAUAUGCAUUUGCGAAUGUUCGAAAUUGCUCGAGAUCACUUAAAUCGUUUGGGACAUACAAUUUGUGGGGGGUUGAUAUCACCUACUCAUGAUUCAUAUAAAAAGAAAGAUCUAGCACCAUCGUCACAUAGGUGUGCAAUGAUCGAGCAAGCUCUUGUUGCAUUACCUUGGGUGAAGAUGUCUGAUUGGGAAGUAAAACAAAACGGUUGGACAAGAACAAGACAAGUACUGCAAUAUCACCAGAAUCAUCUCAAUAUGAUAAUAACUUCUAGACUGGAUGACGCAAUAAAAGUCGAUACUUCAUUAUUCCCAUUCCAAUUUAUUGAUAAUAUCAAUGUCAACGAUUCAAAUCAAAACAGAGCAGUGAAUGUAAGACUUUUGUGCGGUGCUGAUUUAUUGGAAUCUUUUGCUGUUCCAGGCUUAUGGAGUGAUGAUGAUAUAGAAGCUAUUGUUCGAGAUUAUGGUUUGGUCGUUGUUAGUCGUUCGGGAUCCAAUCCUCAUAAAUUUAUCUAUGAAUCUAAUAUUUUAACUAAAUAUAUGGCAAACAUAAUUGUUGUAACUGAAUGGAUAACAAAUGAAGUUAGCUCAACAAAAGUACGCAGGGCAUUAUCUCGCAAUGAAAGUGUAAAAUUUCUUAUUAGCGAGUUGGUUGAAUCUUAUAUUAAAGAACAUGGUCUUUAUGAAACUCUGAAUAAUAAGUACUCAACUAAUGAUAUAUUGGAUUUAAACUUGAAAAGUGCUUUCUUGUCACCCUCUCCUAGCAAUAAAGCUCUUAAAAAAUUUCAAAUAGAUGAAAAAAAACUUAAUAUUGAUGAACCUGAUAAUCUACCGUGUACUGAAAAAAGAGUUAUUAAUUGUGAAAAAACAAAGGUAAGAAAUGUAGUUGAAAGUAAAGAAAAUUUCACUAGGGUUGCUAUUCAAGUAUCUGAAAGUGGUAUUAUUGAAGUUAUAAGUGAUAUAGAAACUAUGGUUUGACAUUAAAUUUACCAUGUUUAGAAACAAUGUGCCAAAGUUAUUUGUUUUUUAGUAGUAAUAUUGUGAUUUUAUUGUUAAUAAUUAAUUUUUAUUUAUUCUUCCAUUAAUACUGUGGUUUUAGAUUUAACUACUUACCUGUCAAAGUAUUGCCAAAUGUAUUAGGUUAUGCUGAAAACUGAGUGUGAUCAGUGAUUUUAUAUUUUUAUUACGUAUUUAAUUAUUAUAAAAUAUUAUAAAAUAACAUUUAGUUCAUAU